GGCACUGUCAUGGCUCUUGUGAAUGUUCUGAAGAAGUUGUGGUGUUAGUUUUAUUUUCAGACGGUUGGAUGUUGAGAUGGCGGGUGUGGCGGCGAGGCUGCUGUUUUAUCCGACCCUCGCUUACAAUGUCUGUAUGGAGAAAAUAUCGCGGAGGAGGUGGUUUGACAGAAUAGAUCAGACCGUGCUUCUCGGGGCUUUGCCUUUUAAAUCGAUGACAAAAGAGCUGGUGGAGAAAGAGAACGUGAAAGGCGUCAUUACUAUGAAUGAAGACUAUGAGACUAAAUACUUUUGCAAUACUGCUCAGGAGUGGAAGUCUGUGGGAGUGGAGCAGCUGUGUCUGAGUACAGUGGACUUCACUGGAGUUCCCAGCCUGGAAAACCUCCAUAAAGGAGUUGACUUUGCCCUGAAGCACAAGGAGCAGGGAGACAGUGUGUACGUUCACUGCAAGGCUGGCCGAUCACGCAGUGCCACGUUAGUAGCUGCAUAUCUAAUAAGGCUGCACUGCUGGAGUCCGGAGCAGGCAUGCAGUUUCAUGGCGUCUGUCCGUCCUCACAUCCUCGUUCGACAGGGACAGCUGGAGGUGCUGCGCCAGUACCAUGAGCAAGUCUGUACUGCGAAACCUGCGUGACACUGGACUGAUCCUCCAUCAGAGAGCAAAAACAAAGGAGAAAUGCAAGCCAUUGCACUGAACAUAGGAUGCAGGGUAACUGCGGCCAGGCAGGUCAGUCUGCAAAUGGUUUAAAUGACCAUUACUCAGUGAUUUGCAGUCAUUGGUAUCUGUAUCUUCAUAUCCCACAGUGUAUCCCUGGUGUUUCUAAUACUUUUUAUUUUUUUUAUAUAUAUAUUAUAUAUAUAUAUAUAUAUAUAUAUAUAUAUAUAUAUAUAUAUAUAUAUAUAUAUAUAUAUAUAUAUAUAUAUGAGCACAGUGAUUCUGUGCAUAUUUAAGGGUGAAGGUGGGGGUACAUUCGGUUCAAUGGCAGCUUCUUAACAUGAAAUCUCAUUGGCAGAGUUCUCAGGCAAGUCAUUCUCUUUUGCUUUGUGCUGAUUAUUCUUCAUACAUAACUAUACUGGUAAUUAAUACUCGACAGACAAGUUUUUGACAGCAAGGAGAGGCGCAACCAGUAGGAAUUUGCCAGACCGGGCGUAACCAAUAGGAAGUUAAAAUAAAUAAGCCUGCAGGUGCGAACGCAAAAAUACAUAAUACACUGGAUAUAUGUAAUGAAUGUUUAUUUUGUCAUUUUUAUUGGUGUAUUUAUCAAUUCUGUACUGAGAGAGUUCUGUAGACUUGCUUUAAGUGUUUCUUACAUUAUUGUGCUGGACAAGGCAUCUCUGUCUAAGCCAAGCAAGUAUGGCAAAAAUGUAUCCAAUUGUUCUCAAGGUGGGUCUGUGCAGGAUUGUAAUUGAACACAUCUAGCAUCUUCCCCGCUGCGUGGAGAAAAUGGGUUUGGUUUUCAUGCCGAUGGCAACUUCUGUUGUACAGCCUAAGCCUCAGGCAUGUGCACCCUAUUCUGUACCAUGUCUUGUUAUUACAGCAUGUGAAUACACAUCAGGAGUGGUCUGGCUAUUAAAUGAACUUUUUAAAAUCUUUAAUGUCAGUAGAUAAAGUCCUAAUUAUUUUGUUAUAAUAUAUAUAUAUAUAUAUAAAAAAAAAAUAUUAAUUCUGUGUUUAAUCUGGGCAAAAGCACUCUUCACCCAGUCACUUGGUUUAUAGUAACUAAUCUGUCCAUGCAUUAUCACAGGUACAAUGCAAGUAACUCAUGAAUGCAUGCAGAUAUGUUUUUGUGCAGUUGUAUGCCUAGCCAGUGAGGGGGUUCUACCUGUUCUUUUCAGUUCCUCUUCUCUUUGAAACCUGAUUUUUACAUUCCUGUUGUGUCUGUCAAGGUUUGUUUAAUUUGUCAUCUCAAUCUGUUGCUUUAGUCUGUAUAACCUUUAAAUCUUCAGCUGCCGACACGUUUUAUUUGUAAUAUCUGAGUACUUGUGCUUGAGAAAGUGUCACUAUGCUGUAUGUGUGCAUGUAGACUAUGCUGUUGCCAACUGACACUCCUUUCAAUGUGAUACAGUAAAGGGUAUUGCCUUACUAAUUAGGGCUGUGCUGCUGGCUCAGUAUUUUAAGUACAACAUAAACUGAACAGCAGAGAUUCACUCUAUCUUCUGUCUCUGGCUUUGUUUAUUCUUCUAUUAAUUUUGUUGGGAAGAAUUUCCUAUUUUAAGAUGCUGACCUAGUACAUGGGAGCCUCCUGGCUGAAUCAAGCACAUCUUGUUUCUGGUAAAAGUAGUGUUUAUCUGAUAAGACUGCAAACCAGAGAGCUUUGAUCUUCAGUAAGUGUUCGUAGAUUUCCAAGCUGCAAUCUGGGAUAUUAAGCAUAUUCUUGAGCAGUGCUUUUCAUAAAAAAAAAGAAAACACAGUUUAAGUCUUGCCAAUUUGGCCACUUGAUUCUCAAGUGUCACUUUUGUGUAAUAUCCCUGCAAUUGGAGAGGCUUUAAAAUGAUUAAUGCAAUUUAACCACUUGUGUUCUAUCGCUGUUAAAAUGAAAUCAGCAGGCAACAGCAUUCGGCGAAUUGCUGCACAGAGACGUUAAACAAACAUACAGUCACUUCUUAAUGUCAGGAGAGUUCUUGUAUCCGAUGGCCACACCUGUUAACUGUACAUCUGUAGUGAUAUGAAAAUGAAGCUAUAUAAUCUCAUAUCCGACAAGUGCCUCAUAUUCUAAACAACACCUGAAAGGGAAAGUAUAAUUGUAUGCUCUCUCAAUUAUAUCACCUGCCAAAAGUCUCUUAUCCAAAACCACAACCAGCAGCACUACUUCAAACAGAAGUUUAACUGUGGCUUGAAGAUUCCGUGCCACUGUUCUCCUCAUCAGAACACUCUGUAAUACAGUCUUUACGCUCUGAAAUAGAAAGUUAAAAUGCCACUAAAGUUAUGUUUCGAUCUACUUGGAUCUCUCGCCUGCCAUCUUCCAAAAUAAUCUAAUCCAAGCUGAGAUUUAAUUUAAACGGCUCUAAAAAUAAAAUUGGAUCUCUUCCCACAUAAACUAUCUGCAUGUUUUAAUCUUGAUCUGAUCUGACAAUCCUAAAAAGGUCCUUCCCUCUUCCUGUCAAUUUGUGAUCUAGACGGAAUAAAAUAGGAUCCUAGGGCAAAGGGGAAACUAACCAGUGGCGAUGUAGGGAUAGUUAACUAGUCUGCCUUGAGCCUGAACUGGAAUUAUCUACACUAGCCCCUUAACUGAAAGCUGCUAAUUUCUACAAAUUUCAGAACUGCCAUUUGUACUAUUUUAUAAGGAAUAACUGACUUUACUUCUGUAUGCAUUUUAAUUACAAUUUUCUUGUUUGUAUUCUGUAAAUUGAACAUUGUAACUCAAUGUGAUGCUGUUACUGACACCUCUGGCAUCUUAGGAUAACUUGGUUAAUGAUCUAUUCCUUCUGGAUCCUUUUUCUAAAACUAAGAUCUGUAUACCCAUGUUGUAUUGUUCAUAAAUAAAAUGUAUAUAGAUUGAUGGAUAUAUAGAUAUAGUUAUAGUUACUGACUCAUUUUAUGUAUAUGUACACUUUAAGUGCUUUGUGAUGGUGGUCCACUGUGAAAGGUGCUAUAAAAUAAAAAUUGAUUGAUUGAUACACACUACUAAUAAUUAUGAGUCACCGACUUAAUAUUUAUUUUAGUUACGGAAACUCCUCUAGCAAAAUGUACCAGUUGCUUUCCCUUUCACUUACGAUGGCUGACUGUGUGGGUUUGGCUAAAUUCCAACGCACCCUAAACAAAACAUUGUCCACUUCCAGCUCAAUGCCUUAAGAUGCUAAAGGAACUGAGCAGCUGUUCAAACAUUUUCUUCUUCAAAUACAUUUGAGAGAUACUCAAUUAGCAAGAGGAAACUGACCAUUUGGAUGACCAGAUGCAACCUGUCUAAAUUGUAAACAUGUUUGGUGCACCUCACUGCAAAAAUCAUAAAGUUAGCAUUAUUUUUAUUUGUGGGACACAUGUGUACCUUGAAGGGUUAAGACAUAAAAACAACAUUUCUCGUGAUGUUGUGAACUACACAAAAACAAACAACAAAUAGUAUGUCAUAUUGAGAGAAACAAACUAGGGAUAUAUACUUAAGCAUUGGAAGCAAAAUGACUUCCUAGGACACACAUGAAGGUAACUAAUUCUAGUAUGUCACACAUACACAUGCCAUGAUAAAAAAAAAAAAAAGCCAUCUUCGUCCAUUUAAAUAUGCCCAUUUUAUAUCACUUGAUAAAAUAUUUCUCAGAAUUGAGAGACAAUGACUGUACCUAUUCCUAAGUUAACACAUUACAUGAUACAUGUUCUUUCAAGGCCUACAGCUUGAUGUAGGGGAGUGGGACAAAUAAAAUAGAAACACCUUUAACAUACAACAUGCCCUCUAAAACAUCUAGACAAGCAUUUCGAUGUGAUGUCAAAGCCUUUCCCUCUUCUAUUACCCAUAAAGACUUUGCCAAAGAACUCAAAAUGCUUCUCUAAAUAUGCAGCAGAAACACCUGUGGAAAUGACUGUCCCUCACCUUACUAUUUCAUUAUCCCACACCCAUGUGUGUUUUGUAAUUCAUAAAAGCACCAUCUCCUUGUUGCAAAUCAGUUUCAGUAGGUUGGGCAAAACGGUAGAUCUUAGAAGGUGCUUGGUUGGCUGGAGCAUGUGUCUCCAAAACUGCAUAAAUUACUCACACCAGGAACAGCCUCAAAUGAGGCUAAUGCAAGGGGACAUUCUGGAUUCUAGAGUUCCCUGUAGAUGUCAAUCCCUCUCAGUUGAAAACAAUCAUGCCAUUCGUCCAUUAACUAUUCAACACUGCAUGCGGCCCUGUUGUGGCCAGAAACUCUGACUGUGUUAUGCCAGGCAUUUUUUUUUUUGUUGUCCUGCUCCAGUAUAUUAACUAUAAUUUCAAUGCCUGGCUUCUGAGGCUGUAGUGGAUAUUGAGUCGCUUCACAGAAACCAUUAAAAGAAUAAAGAGAACUGAAAA